GUUGGGUUGCGGCGCGGACAGGUGGGCAGGUGGGCCUCCGCAGCGGCCCCGGGCGGGAGCGGAGGCCGGGCGGCCAUGGAGGCGGCGGGGGCCGGAGGAGCCGUCUCCCCCGAGGGCUGGUUCCGCGAGACCUGCAGCCUGUGGCCCGGCCAGGCGCUCUCCCUGCAGGUGGAGGAGGUGCUGCAUCACCAGCGCUCGCCCUUCCAGGAGAUCCUGGUCUUCCGCAGCAAAACCUACGGGAACGUCCUGGUUCUUGACGGAGUCAUCCAGUGCACCGAGAGAGAUGAGUUCUCCUACCAGGAAAUGAUCGCCAACCUCCCUCUGUGCAGCCAUCCGAACCCUCGGAAGAUUCUGAUUAUCGGUGGUGGCGAUGGCGGAGUCUUAAGAGAAGUGGUGAAGCAUCCUUCCGUUGAGUCGGUAAUACAGUGUGAAAUUGAUGAGGACGUGAUCCAGGCCUCUAAGAAAUAUCUCCCCGGCAUGGCCGUGGGCUACUCCAGCCCGAAGCUGACGCUCCACGUUGGAGACGGCUUUGAAUUUAUGAAGCAGAACCAAGAGGCUUUUGAUGUGAUCAUCACCGAUUCGUCUGACCCCAUGGGUCCAGCUGAAAGCCUGUUUAAGGAAUCCUAUUACCAGCUGAUGAAAACCGCCUUGCGGGAAGACGGAAUUCUGUGUUGCCAAGGGGAGUGCCAAUGGUUGCACCUCGACCUCAUUAAGGAGAUGCGCCAGUUCUGUAAAUCUCUCUUUCCGGUGGUCGAGUACGCCUACUGCACCAUCCCGACGUAUCCCAGCGGCCAGAUUGGCUUCAUGCUUUGCAGCAAAAAUCCAAACACGAACUUCAGGGAACCGAUCCAGCUACUUUCUCAGGAACAAGUGGAAAACAUGAGCCUUAAGUAUUACAACUCGGACGUCCACCGAGCGGCUUUCGUCUUGCCAGAGUUUGCACGAAAGGCACUGAGUACCGUGUAAAAAUGCCACCGGACAGCUUGGCCUCUUCCCUUGAUUCGUCUCGAAGCGGCACCACCGUAGCAGCAAAUUUUCUCCGGCGAUGGCUCGGCCCUCCCGUCUACAAGUCUGGGCACUCUUGCUGAACGUAAAGGACUUGGCGUUCGGGCCCCCUGGCAAGACUCCAAAACGUCUACUCAGGCCUUGUUUGCAGGCUGUGUUGCUUGGAGGUGGCUCCUUCCUCCAGAACUGAGCAUUAACCCAGUCGGCGUUUCCUUUUUAACUGCCCCGAUUCAUGGCUCUGUAUUUAUAGCUAACGAAUAUUUCCCCUCCCCAAAAGGCUCUUUUUCUGAUACACCCCCCCGCCACCCCCACCCACCCCCCGGUAAUUCAGCAGAUGUUCUGACCUAGGCUCCCUUAACAAGCAGGAGGCAAGAAUUGAUCCCCGCAAAAUGUCUUUUAUUUACACGACUGUGAAUUACGUUCAUUCACAGUCAGCAAGGCCUGUCCAAACAGUUUUUCAAAGGAAUAUUUAUCAACACAGACCUUAUCUCGUUUGGCAAGCUGCCACGUAACCUGUUUCCAACUGCAGCACAAGGCCAAACUUGGCACAGAGUCACGGAACGAAUGAAUUCUAUCCUGCAAAAGCCCACUCCCCCUUCGCUCCUCUCUUAUUUCCUGUGGGAGGAGACAAUCACCUCCAAGGUGUGGCUUUACUCCCGAGUCGACCCUGCUCUCUGAGUUGUUCUUGUCUUCUGGCAGCUCUCCGCAUGCACACGCUGGGAAUGGGCUCGAGCUGUUCCUCUGCCUCACUGCUGUCUGUCUCUCUCUCUGCUUCCGAUGCAGAGCCCUCAUCACAGCCUUCCCCAGGCUCCAGGACUGGCCCAAGUUCCUCCCCAACCUCCUCACUGUCCGAUUCUGCCGGUGGGCCACAACAGCAGAGGGGCCUGGUUUGGCAGCAACCCCCACCCCUGAACAGUGAUGUUUUCAAAAGCAAAUGCCCACUUCUCAUCCCCCCCCAUCUUCGUCUCCCAUAGGAGAAGCAAUUCCUUCCAUUUCACUGUUUUGGAUAUUUUGCCCCUUCCCUUGGCUUGGGCUCUGCUCCCAGAAACCCCUUUUUAGCUGACCGAAGAAGCAUCGGCCAGCUUUGCCUGUUGUGACCUAGACCCAAGUAGUUAUUACCAGACACAAUCAGUCCUAAACAUAUUUUAUUAGAACAGCUGAGAAUUACUUCAUGCUCAUCUUAAUCCAAAUUAAUUCCAAAACAAAUCCUUCGUAAACAGUCCUUCGGCCUUAUCACCAACCUUUGUCUACUUUGGCACCCUGCCAAAGGCUUUUCUUGGCAAAAGUUGAGAAACAAGACGGCGACUGGAAACAGAUUUAGCAACGUUGCUUUCCUACAAAGAUCCCAAGAGCCGUUGUUGCUCUUUUAAGCCUUCUGGGGGGGGGGCAGUCAUCUCCUGGCCUUACUCCCGAGUCGUCCUUUUUGCUUUAGCUGCUCUUGCCUUCUGGCAGCUCUUCACAUGCACGCACUAGGAUCAGGCUCCUCCUGUUCCUCUGCCUCUCUACUGUCCGGGGGCUCCGGAGUCUGCGCAUCGUUUCCAGAUGGCCCUGGCCCCAUCUCUGCCUCCGACGCAGAGCUCUCAUCUGGGCCUUCCCCAGACUCCAGGACUGGCCCAUUGUCCUCCCCAGCUUCCUCACUGUCUGACUCUGCUGCCAGCUCCACAGCCUGCUAUCAAGAGAGAAGAGGCAUUUGAAACUCUCUUCGUUUGUGCCGCCGGAAACGUCAGUAUAAUCGGAGAAUUUCCAACCGACAAGAAGUCUGGGCCUUUUCCACACAAAACCGCUCCCAAAUUAACUGUUGUAAUCAUGCAUCUUUGUUAAGCCAGGGCAGCCUGGAAAAUGAAAAUGACUAUUCCUCCCAGAACUUGGGGAACUGUCUCCCCUUUUAAAGAAGAUAACCGUGGUCUGCGAAAAUGACAUAUAUCUUUCCUUGAGCCGCUUGUUCUUGGAGUGUCUUGAGCUACAAGUGUCCAAAUCCCCAGCCUGAGAUUGAUAAAGCCGGUGCCAUUUGACCCAGCCGUGCCCAUCUUCCUUUCGAAAGACCGAGAUAAGAUUCCGGUCCUCCUGGUUCGAAAUAAGGGCCAAGGGCUGGGGAUUCGGGGGGCUGCAGCCCAAAAGAUCUGGGGAGGAAAGGAGACCAUUGAUUUUAGCCAGUCCCCCGUGUCAUUCAUUCUGCCUUGUGGGAAAAUUGUGCCUAGGUACAGUAUAGGCCGGCAGGGUAUUGUCUGUAUGUAUGAUUUUGUUUCCUUUUUUUAAAAAAAAAAAAUCUAACAUGGA